AAACAAUAAGAAUCGAAAAUGACGUAAAGGCGGCUGAAACAAAAAAGACCAUUUAAGACCAUAAAACUUGUCUGUACCAAGAGGAAAAAUUUCCCUGGGAAAUAAAAAAAUCAAUUGAGUAAUAAAAUCACUCGAUCAGAAUCAAUUCAAAAAAUCGAUUUUUUUAAAAAAUCGAUUUGAAUCGCCUAUCACUAGACUGUUAACCACAUUCAAAUUUGGAUUUUGCUCAAUAAUCAUAAGUAUAUUCAGUAUUAAGAAGAACAUUAUACGUCUGAUGUAAUUGAAUUGCCAUUAUUGUGUAAAUCGUUAUAAGAAUCAUUCAGUAUUCAGUCAAAUGGAUUCACAAUAUGAUGAUGAAGAUUGGUAUGAUGGAAGUAUUAAAUCUAUUACUCUUGAAAAUUUUAUGUGUCAUUCAAAUUUUCAUUUAACAUUUAAUCCUCGAAUAAAUUUUAUUUCUGGACUUAAUGGUAGUGGGAAAAGUGCUAUACAAACUGCUCUUGUUGUAGGUUUUGGAGCUAGAGCAAGUGUUACUAAUCGUGCCUCUUCAUUAAAGUCAUUAAUAAAAUAUGGUUGUUCUUCAGCUUCUAUUUCAAUAACAUUAGCAAAUAGUGGAAUUAGAACUCAUGAAAGUAGUCCCUUUAGGCCUGAGGUUUAUGGAAAACAAAUAACCAUAGUAAGACAGAUUACAGAAUCUGGAAGUAAUCCUUAUAAGUUUUUAAAUGAAAAUGGUCAUGUUGUUAAGAGCAAAAAAAAUGAGUUAAAAAGUUUAGUUCAACAUUUUAAUAUUUUGGUAGAUAAUCCAAUAUGUAUCAUGAACCAAGCAAUGGUUAAAACAUUUCAUAAAAGUGCAGAUCCAAAAGAAAAAUAUAAUCUUUUCUAUAAAGCUAUAUCUGCCGAUGUAUAUAAUGAAAAUAUUGAAGAAACCAAGUUAAUUGCAAAUGAGUACUCAGAUAAACUUGAUAAUAUUCACAGUGUUCUAACUCAAUGUUACAAAGAAGUAAAUGAAUUUGAGGUGUAUGAAAAAAAAUGUAAACAAUUAGAAGCAUUGAAAAAGAGUAAAUGUGAAAUUGAAAAUGAAUAUUCAUGGUUUGUAGUUUCUCAAUAUGAAAGAAAUUAUAAAGAAUAUUUAAAAAAAAUUAAAGAAUAUGAAGAAAAUAUAUCUAAGGGUACAAACCAAAUAAAUACUUUGGAAAAUAAAAUAAAAUCUUCUUUAGAAUUAUUGGCAGUAAAAAACAAAGAAUUAGCCAACAUUGAAGAAUCUCGUUCACAAAAUCAUUUUAUUUUUAUUGAAACUAAAAAAGAAUUGCAGAAAAAAAUAGAUGAAUAUGAUAAUGCAAAACAAGCUAUGAAGAAACAUGAAUAUGCUUUACAUCUACUACUGAGUGAUAAAAAAGAUUUAGAAAAACAUAUUGAACUUGAACGUCAAAAAGGAAAUACUAAUACUUUAGAUCAUUAUAAGAAAAAACUUGUCCAUCAUGAGCAAUAUAUUUCUGAAGUUCAUGCAGCAUGGAAAGCAAAUAUGGAGCAUGAAAAAGUUUUACAAAAUACAGUUGAUGAUUUAAGGCAGAAAGUUAGCAAUUUAAAGAAUAAUGAAGUUAGUCCUUUGCAAAGGAGGAUAGGUGAACUUGAUAGAAAUAUUAAUAGUAUGUCUUAUAAGCAAGAUAGAAUAAAUUUUUAUGGAAGCUGGAUGCCAACAUUAAUACAAGCUAUUGAAAAUGCAUUUAAACAAAAUAAAUUUAUUAAAAAACCGAUUGGCCCUAUUGGGGCACACAUUAAAGUAAACAGUGAUAAGUGGAUAUUUUCAGUUGAAAACCAUUUAGGUCGAGGAUUUCUAAGAACUUUCUUAGUUGACAAUUUUACUGACAAUAAAAUGCUCAAAUCAAUAAUGGAUAAAAUAAUACCAGGAAAUACAAGAAAACCAACUAUCAUUAUUAGUAAAUUUUUUGAUCAAGUUCAUGAUAUUAGUUCUAGAGAAACAAAAAACAGUUUGUUUCGUAUGUUGACUUUUACAAGUCCUGUUGUAGCAAAUUGCAUGAUUGAUAAUAGUACUAUUGAAACAAUAAUGCUUAUUGAGAAUAAAGAAGAAGCCAUGCAUUUAAUGGAAAAUUCAUCUAGAGUUCCUAGAAAUUGUCAUUUCAGUUUAACUUUAGAUGGUACCCAAGUAUAUCCUAACCCAUCUUAUAGAGUAUAUUCCUUACAAAAUCCAUCUGAACCAGUUCUCUUACAAAGUGAUGUUACAGUAGCCAUAAAUAAUUUGAAAUGUGAGAAAAAGGAACUGGAACAAAAAAUCAUCAAGUUAAACAAAGAGUUUGAAAAUAUAGAAAAAUCAAAAUUAGAAAAUCAGCAAAUUUUAGAUAAGACUCGAUCAGAAACAAGAUUAAUUAAGAGCAAGUUUGAUGAAUGUUCAAAAAAAAUUAAUGAACUUAAAGCUAAAUGUGAUGAAGAACAAGAUGACAGAAUGACUACACUUACUAAUGAAAUUAAUGAUGUUAAUGAGAAAAUCGUUAAUCUUACUAAGUUAAAAGAAGAUGCCAUGAAACCAUUUCCUAAGUAUGAUAAUGAAAUUGAAAAACUCAAUAAAAAGUUUGUUGAAAUUAAAUCAGUUAUAGAAAAUACUGUCCGUUCUACAAUAUCAGAACAAAUUGAAACUCUCCAAGCACAGAUUGAUUCUUUUAAAAUAAAUAUAUCAGAAAUUAAUAACUAUUUGACUGAAUCAAAACAAAUAAUGAGAAAUUUGGCUGAAAAGGCAGAGAUUGAAAAAAAAAAAAUUGAAUCAGAAUUAAAAAUUGCUCAUAAAUUAUGUGAAAGAAUUGAAACCAACCGCAGUGAGGAAGAUAUAAAGAGAGAUAUAGAAGAAACAAAUCGUAAACAUGACUUGUUGCAGAUGGAAUUGGGUAAAAAAAGAAAAGACCAUUUAGUGUUGAGAGAUGAAUUUAAGAAGAAAAAGGAAGAAUUUAUUAAACAAAGUGACUUAUAUAAAGAAAUUGUAAAAAUAUACAAAACCAAUAAUUAUUCUCUAAUACUCAGUACAAAAGCUCUCGAUUAUUAUAUCAAUUCGGUGAAAUCUAAAGUUCAACAAUCUUUUGAUGUAGUGUUGUCAUUGCGCCAAAUUAAAGGUAAACUUGAGAUUGAUCACUGCAACGAGAGCUUGACCAUAACUAUGUUUGAUAACAUAAGUACUUCAUGUGCAUCUGGUGGCGAACGGACAUUUGCUACAGUUGCAUUGAUUGUAGCAUUAUGGAGCAAUAUGCAAUUGCCAUUUUAUUCCAUUGAUGAGUAUGAUGUCUACAUGGACAAUGUUAACCGAUUAGCUACUACUCAAUUACUGAUGAUGUCUAUUGAACAACGUAAAAAUCAGUUCAUAUUUCUAACUCCUCAAGAUAUUUCACACAUUAAAAGUGAACGUCAUAUUAAAAUCGUAAAAUUAAAAGAACCUAGAUCUUAGAAUUAAUGUUAUUAAUAUUUUUUA